UCUACUCGUUCUACAGAGGGCCGCUCAAUCCACUGCCCACUCCCCAUAACACAGCCAUGAUCUCUCUUUCAAGGACUAAACGCCUGCCUACACCACUCAUAAAGUCAUCACUCACAGCAACGCCAACCAUUACCCCAUCUCGCAUCCCAACUUUAUCCUUCUCUCACCACUCCCGCCCCUUCCAAUCACUCUAUUCUCCUCGCUUCACAUUUAGCACAUCACACGGAAAGGGAAAGAACAAGGUCUACGAUGCUUCCUCCCCUUUGCUUUCUUCACCAAAAACUUUGGCAACUUUUCAACAUCUCGGACAUGCUCGGUAUCGCAUCACCGAGCGUCUCGGUCAUCCUCCAUCAUUCCACACUUCUGCCAGACGCGAAGCUAUACCUCUAAUACCGGUUGGAAUAUCUGUCGUAAAGGGAGCUUCCAUCUUGACCGCUGCCACUGCAUUCUCUCGCAUUAUCAUCUCCUUCCUCCCCAUAGGUACGAUCGCAGCCUUUAAGAUGAUUCGUCUAGGUAGAUGGAUAGAGUCCGGCGUGGAAUGUCCAACAGUGAGCCCAAAGGCAGAAGAAUUUUUCAAAAUGUGGUGUGAAGGGGAAAAGAGCAUUAAGCUAAAACCUGAAGAGGCAAAUGCGUUGAUUGAUUCCCAACCAGACAAACUUGGUGGCUUGACUCUGCCAGAUGGACGCGUUGCCUACUCAAUGCCUCUUCCUCCCCGAAAAUUUCGACGUCCAUCCCAGGACCCAGACAUCCAGUUUGACGUCACUCCAAAAAUGCUUAUGGAACAUUUCCACGGCAAUCGACGAAAGGUAGCUUUUGUAAUCCGCCGGAGAUAUUAUAUUAUUCCCCCUCUUCCAUCUUCUGCUGAAAACUACUACAACAGACUUGAAUCAAAGCAGCAGGCAGAAGUUGAUUCCCUCAGGCGAUAUUGGCUUGGUUUAAAAACUUUCAAAGAUUGCUUCCAAUGGGGCCGUUGGUUUGUCGCUACCGUUUUUUUCCUGCCAUUCCUCUUAAUCUGUGGCGCAUACAUUGCCGGUCUGGAAAGAGUACCUCUUACUGGCAGAUGGAGAUUAAUCUUGCUCACACCAGAAGAAGAGGAUGCCAUUUCGACAAGUCUCGCCGGUGGAAAUUGGUACCGAAGUGUCAUCAACCUUCUCACUACUCCCGAACGCCCAGCUCCACCUAUAGUAUCCACCGAUGACUGGCGGUGGGCCUGGGUUCAAAGCGUCCUCAACCGGCUAGAAACUGCCGCUCUUACCGAAUGCCAGUUGAUCCCUCCAGAGCAAAGACCUCAUAACGAAUAUGUCUCAGCUCUUCCCUUACCGCCACCUAUCUAUCACCCAUUCAAGCCUCGCCCUCGAGUUUCCUCUCUCCUUCAUUCUGUUCUUCCUGGCGGUGAGCCCAAUACUGGCCGUGAGCACCUUGAAGUAGGGCCACCGUAUAACAUCAUGUUGCUGCAAAAAGAUGAGCAAAAUGCGUUUUCAUAUGGAUUUGGCGGUAAAAAGGCUGGCGGUAUCGUCAUCUACACGGGAUUAUUAGACGAGAUCCUUCGUCAUUCUUCACCAACACCCCAAUCUGCACCCCAAAUAGAAACGCCUCAAUCAGGUUUCCUUUCUGGCUUAUUCUCGACCUCUCGCACUUCCAAUCAGAAUCAGCAACAUCACAUCCAGCCCACAGAAGAGCAAAAUCUCCAUCUUGCUUGUAUCUUGGCGCACGAAAUGGGCCAUUUAUUACUGAGCCAUCACCUUGAAACACUUUCUCAGCAACAAGUCCUCUGGCCUAGUGUAUUAGGAUUUAGUAUGGAUCUUAUCCGAGCCUUUAUCUGGCCUUUGACUGUUUUCCUUGGACCGACAGUCAACGAUGCUUUGGCCAAUAUGGGAAGAACUAGCUCAGAAGAGUUGGCGGACAAGUAUGGAGAGAUUGGGUUCCAGUGGAAGCACGAGUAUGAAGCGGAUCUUGCCGGUUUACGGAUACUCGCGAGAGCAGGUUAUGACCCACGAGCAACAAUCGGUCAUUUCCAAAGUUCUGUCGCGAGCUUACACGAGAUCCAACCUGAUGACAAGGCCGAUAACAACACCCUCACGGGUGCUGCGUUCAAACUUUGGACCAAGGCGACACAUCCUUCAGUCGAGCAAAGGACAGAUGCCAUCCGAAAGGAGAUUGAUAGAUGGCAAGAAGAAGCAAAGAAACUGACGCAAAAGUGAUGGGCGCGGGUUUGGUGACUUGCUGUUGCGGCAGAAAGGAUAUAGAUAGCUUUGAGACUUAUCAGCAAAACGUUGGACAUGUUUUUGGAUCUUGAGGUUUCGGGUUUUGGUUCGGCAAAAUUCAUUUGAAUCAAGACACAGAUGGUAUCUUUUGUUGUUGUGUUUAUAUGGGAUAUGACUGUCAGAUUUUGGCCAUGCAUCCUCUCUC